GCAGAACGACGCACGGCACGGAGCACAACGCACAAAACGGGAAAAACUAUCUAAAGCGCGCACAAGCAAAAGCAAAAUAAGAAAUAGGAAGAAAAAAGAAGGAAAACGUCGCAGAGCAUAAAACAAAAUCUUCAAUUCUAUUUUUUGUUGUUGUUGUAUUGUGUUGCAGUUGCUGUUGCUGUUGCUGUUGUUAGUGUUGCUGUCGAAAAUGUCUUAGUGCAAGCGUGUGGCGAGCGUUUUGAUUAAGCAAUUAAUUGAGACGAGUGCUGUGUGAUAAAAAAGAAAAACAAAAACAAAUAACGGCAAGUGCAAGUGCAGUGGGUGGAAAUGUUUUAAAUUUGAUGCGUUUUUGGGUUCGGGUUCGGGUUUUUGGGCUUCGGGUUCUCGGGUCCGGGUUCGGGUUCGAGUUCGGGUCUUUGGACUUCGGGCAUCGGGCAGAGAGGGGAGCGUGCGAAAAGCGCGUAAAGAAAAGACAACAAUAGUCAAUUUUAAGUUAAUUCAAAUUCGUAGAGCAGCAGAAAGCUUUUAGCUCUAGCCAUGGGCAACGUUUGCAGUUCCGGGCAGAAGAAGAAGAAGAAGGAUAAGGACAGCGCCUCCGAGCAGUCCGAUGACUCCCCGCCCUAUGAGGAAGCCGAUAAAAACGAGGCACAGCCAAGCAACGAUGCGAAGGACUACAAUGAAAAACGAGCACCGUUGGCCGAUGUGGAGGCGCUGCCGGAGACCACUCAGACCAAUGACUCGAAUGGCAAUCAACAGCAACAGCAGCAGCAGCAGCAGCAGACGUCCCUACCCAAGUCCAAUGCCACGGAGAAGGAGUCGAACAGCAACAGCACGACGCAGGGGGCGCAGGCGCCUGGCGAUGCGUCUAGUGGCAGUCCGGGCAUGGGCAACCUGAGCAUGCUGCAGGGCAAGCCGCCGCCCGGCCGCAAAAUCGAGCGCGACAAGAAGAUCGUCAUCUACAUACUGGCGGACAAUAGCACCGAGUACAAGAAGCACAAGCGUGUCAUCUACAGUCUGUACAAGCAUUUUAAGAGCAAGUGCCAAAGCAAGGGAUUCGACUUCAUCAUUGCCGAUGUGCACGACAGCGAGGCGCUAAGCAAGGAGGCGGGGGCGACAGCGAUGACGACGUCGCUGGAGCAGCAGGCGAAUGGCAAUGUGAAGAAGGACUUCUCCAGACUGCAGGAGGUUAAGCGCUGGACGCAAACACCGCUGGAGGCGCAGGGCGGGCACGAGGAGGCAGCCAACUGCCUGUGCGAGAUAACGCGUCAUGCGACCGACGCCUACAUAAUACCGGUGCUCUUCCUCGGCUCCACGCUGGGCACGCCCAUGCUGCCGCUGACAAUUGAGAGCCAGGACUUCACCUCGGUGCUGAGCGCCGCCAGCGAUGCAGAGAAAUCGCUGCUCGAGAAGUGGUACACCAUUGACAACUCCUACCAGCCCAUGUGCCAUCGGCUCUACACGCAACAAAUCGAUCCGUACUCCACGGAGGUGAACGACGAGCUGAAUGAGCUGCUGGCGGUGCUGCUGCGCCUCUUCUCGGACGAUGUGAAGGACUCGUAUCUGACCACCGUCGUCGAGCAGGAGAUCAACAACACGGUGCUAAUAAGCCAGGAGCUGGCCAAGCGCUGUAUAUGGAUACAGACGGGCGCCCAUUACUCGCGCGCCCCAGAGAAUGCCACACAGCUGGAGCUGGAGGUGCUGCGUCGCAUCACGCGCAUCUACGCCGAGCUCAAGAAUCAGCUGUGCGAAAAGAAUCUCAUCCGAAUGCUACCCACCAUGAAUAUCCUGGACGACGAACUGUCCUCGGUCAUCGAGAGUCUGCUGGACAAGUCGCUGGCGGGCAUCUUCGAGGAGCACCUUCAGAAGAGUAUACCCUACAACACGCUGGGCGUGGAUCGUGUCCUCCUCGAGGAGCUGCAGCUGAUCGGCCACUACUCGAAGCUGCUAGCCCAGAACUCGGCCAACUUCGACAUUAUGAACGAUGUGAAGCGCUACAUACGCGACGGCACCUCCCAGCCGUUGGUGGUAUCGGGCGCUCGGGGGAGCGGUAAAAGUGUGCUCGUGUCCAAAAUCAUGGAGAAUGUGCAUCGAUGGAAGCCAGAGGCACAGCUAGUACUGAGAUAUGCCAAUUUGAGCGCACGCUCCUCAGACAUCACUUCGCUGUUAGGAUCGAUAGCCAAUCAGAUGUCGGUGCUGGAGACGGGUCAGCAGUGUCAGGUGCCACACAUCCUGGAGGCGUAUGCUGGCGUGAUCAAAGCGAUUUUGGGUAGACAACAGCGCUUCUUUGUGCUCAUCAUUGACGGAUUGGAUGAGCUGCAACGGGAUGCGGCGCUCGAUUGGCUGCCGCUGCAGCUGGGCAGCUGCGGCAAGCUGAUAUUGACGGUCAGCGAGCGGGAGGACGAGGAGGGUGAGAGCGAUUCAUUUGAUAUGCUCGCGGCGCUGGCGCAGCUGGGCAUUCCACAGCGCUGUUUCCUACGUCUGCGCCAGUUCACCGAGCGCCAAUGGCACGACAUACUCAGCUCCGGCGGCGGCGAUUUCUAUGCAGCAAACGGGGCACUGAAGCUGCCCGACGAUUGGAAGUCGCUGCACGGCAAGACGCCCUACCAUGCCAAGUCGCUGUGGUGGCUCGCCUGGCUGGGGCAUGUGGCGCAGCCAAUUAGCGAGAUCGGGGAUAUAUCCAGCAAGAUAUUACAGGUGCUGGAGACGAAGUUCGCGGCAGAUCAGGUGGAGCUGAUGCUGUUGAUUGUGCGACUGUCGCCGUGGGGCAUACGGGAGAGCGACUGCUUGGGCGUUUUUCAAAAGAUCACACAACUGGAGGCGCAGGUCGUCUUCAAGAUUUGGUCCAAGUUCUGCUGGCUGAUGGGACCAAUGCUUUUAAAUCUGAAAAAUAUUAGAAUAGCGGACAGGAGCUUUGGACGCGCCGUCCUGUCGAGGUAUGCGCAGAAGCAGUGGCUGGUACAUGAAGCGCUGCGCGACUACUUCGAUCGCCAGGAGAGCGAGUUCAAAGGCAGCGCCGGUGUCAAAACCUACAACUAUCAGAAGUACUUAAAACUGCCUUAUCAUCAUUUCUGUGCGGUGAUCGAGGAUAAGCCGGCGCCGCAUAAGAUCGACAUACUCUUCAAUUGCUUCUACUUUACGGACUUGCAGUGGAUAGCCAACAAGGUGCAUGCCACGGGUCCGGCGCAUCUGAUGCAUGACAUUCUGCAUGCCGAGUGGCUGGCGGGAAGCGAGGGCUCUACGGGCUAUGUACAUAUAAAUUUCUUGAAGCAAUUUCUGGUGCGCUACCUCCACGAGCUGAGCUACGAUGGUCAACAGUUCUAUACGCUUAUGAAGUACUAUCUGAAGACGCGCUUCAAGGACGACGAGAGCCUGAAGGACGACGAGAAAAUACGCUCCUGGUGGGAGUACACAAAUGAGCUGGAGUUCGCCUUUCUUGAGAUACUCAAUGCCGAUCUGGAUGCCAAGGACGAUGAGGCCAACGCUGCCGAAUCGAAUGCCACACCAGCUGUCAGGGGCUACGAUGUGCUGAUGAACCUGCCGCAGCCGGGCUGCUAUGUGGCGUCGCUGUGCACCGAGCGCGCUGAGAUUUGCAUCUGGGAUGUGAAGAACUGUUGUCGCAUACGCGAGCUCCAGGGCAUUCAGCAGCCCACAGCCAUGUGUCCAGUGGGCAAUUACGAGGCGGCUGUGCUGUGUCGUCGCGAGAUUCGGGUCAUCAACCUGGACGAGGGCAAGUUUAAGGUCACACUGAAGGGCGUCAUGAACCAGAAGAUGCCCUACUUCGGCCUGCACGAUCAGAAUCAUUUGGUUUGUCUCUCACGCAACCGCAUGUAUGUGAAUCUGAUGAAUCUGGAGUCGGGUGAUUGUGUGACCACCUUCAAAGCGGGCGAGGAUCGGUUCCUGAACUCGUUGCUCGUCUCGGGCGACGGACGAAUUUUGGUUUGCGGCGAUGAGACGCAGAAGCCAUUCCCAUUGCUCGUCUGGCAUUUAUCGCAGCGUAAACUGCUCUACGAUCUCCGGAUUCCCCAUCACGAUUUCGUCACAUCAUUAUCGGCCAUUACCCAUGAGGGGUCCUAUGUGUGCGUGGUGGCCAAGGAGCUAAACGAACCGACAACGCCAAAUUUCAUUGUGGUCUACGACCUGCAGAGCGGCACCUUGUUCAAGAAGUGGAAGCCCAGCUGCAACACAGUAUCUCUGGCUAUCUCUCAGCUGAAUGCCUGCGUCAUCGCUGGUCUGGAGGAUGCCAAGAUAUUGAUAUGGGAUCUGGUCACUGGCAACUGCAAGUGCACGCUCAUUGGACACAAUGCGCCCGUCACGUACUUGAAACUGGACCCACUGGGCAAAGUGCUGUUGUCCUUCGACAAGGAGGGACGCGACAGUGCAAUACGCUUGUGGGAGUUGAACACAGCUAAGUCCUUGGCCGUCUAUAAGCCACCCGCGAAGAUCAGCACCUGCGAGAUUUUGCCAAACGGUGCAUAUGUUGUGCUCGCCCUUGUGGAUCGCAAUGAUCUGCUAACGCUCGCAUUGAAGAACUAUGGAGGCAGCUCGGCCAAUGCCCUCGAGGACGACUGUGUCACCUUGUAUGGCAAUCCCGACAACCAGCACAAAGUUUUUAACUUAAGUAAUUAAAAGUUGAUACAGCUGCCUGAAUCAAUUAAACUUAGAUAUCAUUAUUCAAAUUAAAAAUACAUUUAUGAAAAAAAAAAAACAAACAAAAAGAAAUGCAAAGAAAUUAUAAUUCCGAAUUAUAUAAAUAUCACAUAUAAAAUCUUCUCAUGCAUAAUUCAUUAGUUGUAUGUAA